AUGGAAGCGAUUGAAGUUUGCUCCAAGAAUGGAAAGAAAGAGAUCUGCAGAUAUGAAGGAACCAGUUUGGUAGAAGCAAAAGAAAUCGCAUACCUGGAGAUCUUUGUCGCCGCCGAGCCUGGAUUUCAGUAUCGAGGACGCGAGGGUUUGGUCUACUUGUGCGCCUCGUCGAUGAGAUCCCCCGCGACGAGGAUUAGAUCUUCAUCGACGAAGAACCCGCGAUGGAGAUACAAUGAUCAGAACAGCUCACUUAUACAUGGACAGACCUUAACAUCGACAGGAGACUUGUUUCAACUGAGCUUCUUCAGACUAGAUAAUAAUAGUUCGGCGAAGGGAUACUUGGGAAUCUGGUACUGCAAUCUCACACCGCAAGAAGGCACUGUAGUAUGGAUCGCCAAUCGGAAUAACUCUGUCAACACAUCCAUAGCAUCCUUCAACCUCACUUCCGAUGGAAAUCUAAUCUUAUUUGAGGAGGACAAAGUCGUUUGGUCGACGGGAACAAGAUCCACUGAACUCAAUUCUGCACGCUUGCAGCUUUUAGAUUCUGGAAACCUCGUUCUGAACGACUACAACUCGAUUCUAUGGCAGAGCUUUGAGGACUCGAACAACAGCGACACGUAUCUCCCUGGAAUGAAGCUCGGAUUUGACAACCGGACCAACACUUCAUGGCGGCAAGUGUCAUGGAAGAACUCCAUGGAUCCUUCCCCGGGAGACUACAUCCAAAUGAUUCGUGCUCUACCUAUACUGGAUUUGGUCACGUUGAAAGGAUCCGCCAAAUACCAUCGCGGCGGCCUAUGGAACGGAUAUUGGUUCGUGGGGCAUCCAUUGACGGCGAGCAGCCAGGUGGCCAACUCAGUAAAUAUCACAUUUGUGUCCAACGAGAAUGAGAGCUAUUUUAUGACUAAUUACAAAACCUCGCCGACGCCGGUGCUGAUACGCUCAAUGUUGUGGGCCAACGGAACCUUCCAGCGUUGGUUUCUUGACAGUAGCAAGAGAGAGUGGCAAUUUCUGUCGUCGACUCCGGCGGACGAGUGCGAUGAGUACAAUCGCUGCGGCCGCAACAGAGUGUGCACCCAGAUAUACGUUGCUGUCGAGUGCCAGUGCUUGGACGGGUUUAUAAAUAUUACGGAGAACGGAAGCGAGGUUGGAUGCGAGAGGAAGAAGCCUUUGAAUUGCUCGUCGAAUCAAUUUUCCAAGGUGCAGAACGUGAAAGUGCCCGACACUGAGAACGCUACACCACGAGGAAACAUGAGUCACGAUGACUGCCAGAAUUUGUGCUUGAAUGAUUGCUCCUGCAUGGCAUAUGCGGUGAUCAGUGGGUCUUAUGGAUGCAUAACUUGGCCUGGUGAUCUGUUAGAUCUCAGAACAUUCGUCAAUAAAGGAGAUGAUUUAUACGUUCGGCUCGCAGGAGAAUUGGAUCACCCAAACCAAAAAGAUCAAGAUGAAAUAAGAGGAGCAGAAUCUCUAUUGUUUGAUCUGGAGGCUAUUAGGAUAGCUACGGACAACUUCUCUGAUAGAAACAAACUAGGAGAAGGAGGAUUUGGGCCUGUUUAUAAGGGGACACUGGAGAACGGAGAGGAUGUAGCAGUAAAAAGACUUUCAAGAGGCUCAGGACAAGGACUGGAUGAAUUAAAAAAUGAAGUGUUUCUGGUAUCCAAACUUCGGCACAAAAACCUUGUGAGGCUGUUGGGUUGUUGCUUGGAAUCAGAGGAGAAACUACUCGUUUACAAUUAUCUUGCUAAUACAAGUCUUGACAAGUUUUUGUUUGAUAAUUCAAAGAGAGAACAGUUGGAUUGGGCAAAAAGAUUUAAGAUCAUUGAAGGCAUCAGUCGAGGACUUCUUUAUCUUCAUGAAGAUUCGCCGGUGAAGAUUAUUCAUCGGGACUUAAAAGCUAGUAACAUAUUGUUAGAUGCAAAUAUGGAUCCUAAAAUUUCAGAUUUUGGUCUUGCGAAGCUUUUUGGUGCAGAUGAAACACAUGGAAAUACUAAAAGAAUUGCUGGAACAUUUGGAUAUAUGGUACCAGAAUAUGUUAUUCAUGGGUUAUUCUCAGUUAAAUCAGAUGUGUAUAGCUAUGGUGUGUUAAUCUUGGAGAUCCUAAUUGGUCGGAAGAAUAGUGGUUACCGAGGAUCCGAAUAUCCAAUUGAACCUGUUACUCAUAUGGUCUGGCGCCAUUGGACCCAAGGAAAUGCCUUGCAAGUAGUUGAUCAAGAUCUAGUUGAACAAUGUCAAGCUCAACAAAUAUUAAGGUGCAUACAUAUAGGGUUACUAUGCGUGCAAGAUGAUCCAAUUCAAAGACCCACCAUGGCCAAUGUUGUGCUUAUGCUCAACAAUCACUUUGUCAGCCUUCCCACACCUUUAGCACCAGCAUUUCUCAGUAACUGUAAUACCACCAUUGAAUCAAAUGGCGCUCCAAGGAGAGAUAAUUCCAACGGAAGCAAGGGAAUUCUAAUAAAAAUUUCUGAAAAUAAUGUCUCAAUAUCUGUGUUGGAGCCUAGAUAG